UCUCCUCCGAUUCGUGCCUUCCUUUCUCGGUUCCAGAGUCAGGGGCAAUUCCGUAAAUUAGUACAUAACUUACGCUUUCUUCUUUCUUUUCGUUGCCUUUUCGACUCCAUUCUCAGACAUGAAUAUCCAUUGAGAACUUUUGAAUCGAACUCCAUCCACCGACUGAUCCAAUCCUCAAUAUCAGAUUUCCUCUCUUUGAAGAAUCUAUAAAUACAUUGAUAUCAAUGGCUACUAGUAUUAGAAGGCCUCUUCAAUCUCUGUUGAGGAGGAUUUGUAGUACUAGUAGAAGGGAAAUGAGUGCAAUUCCUCAAGGCAGCCAACCAUCUUCCUCUUCUGAGGAGCUCAUGAAGAUGGAAUCUGAAUACAGUGCCCACAAUUACCACCCGAUUCCGAUGGUAUUUUCUCAUGCCAAGGGUACAUGUGUAUGGGAUCCGGAAGGUCACAAAUACUUAGAUUUUCUUUCUGCUUACUCGGCAGUCAAUCAGGGACAUUGCCAUCCAAAAAUAAUGAAAGCCUUAGCUGAACAAGCAGAAAGACUCACUCUCAGCUCGAGGGCUUUCUAUAAUGAUAAAUUCCCAAUCUUUGCAGAGCGUCUGACUUGCAUGUUUGGCUAUGAAACGAUGCUACCAAUGAAUACUGGUGCUGAAGGUGUUGAAACUGCUCUGAAACUGGCAAGGAAAUGGGGUUAUGAAAAGAAAAAAAUUCCUAAGGAUGAGGCUAUCAUAGUUUCUUGUUGUGGAUGUUUUCAUGGACGUACCUUGGGUGCCAUUUCAAUGAGCUGUGACAAUGAUGCUACGCGUGGUUUUGGGCCCUUAUUACCAGGCCAUCUAAAGGUUGAUUUUGGUGACGCUGACGCACUUGAAAAAAUCUUCAAAGAACAUGGAGAUCGGAUAGCUGGGUUUCUGUUUGAACCAAUUCAAGGAGAGGCAGGAGUAAUACUUCCACCCGAUGGCUACUUGAUAGCCGUUAGAGACCUCUGCUCGAAAUACAACAUUCUGAUGAUCGCAGAUGAAAUACAAACUGGAAUAGCACGCACAGGGAGAAUGCUAGCUUGUGACUGGGAAAACAUCCGGCCUGAUGUUGUGAUACUAGGAAAGGCAUUAGGGGCUGGUGUCAUACCCAUAAGUGCAGUGCUCGCUGACAAGGACAUCAUGCUAUGCAUUCGACCAGGAGAGCAUGGAAGUACCUUCGGUGGAAAUCCUUUGGCAAGCGCGGUUGCAAUUGCCUCACUGGAUGUCAUUAGAGACGAGAGACUAGCAGAGAGAGCUGCUACGAUGGGGCAGGAAUUCAGGCAUCAGCUUAUGCGAGUCCAACAGAAAUUCCCUGACAUAAUAAAAAAUAUACGAGGAAGAGGAUUGCUCAAUGCAGUGGAGCUGAACAAGAAGGCUCUAUCACCUGUCUCUGCUUAUGAUAUCUGCCUGAAGUUGAAGGGGAGAGGGAUUCUUGCCAAACCUACACAUGACACCAUAAUCCGUUUGGCGCCUCCACUCUCCAUAAGUUUGGAGGAGCUUCAUGAAGCAUCAAAGGCAUUGAGUGAUGUUCUAGAGCUCGAUUUACCAAAGAUGCAGAGACAGAUGCCCAAAACAGUCUCCUCAACAGUUCCUGAAGCAUGCGACCGGUGUGGGCGACAUAUGUAUGCUUCUCCUGAUACAGAUGCCUAAAUUUCAUUCCAGUUGUAACGUGUAGGCGUAUCAUCACAUGGAAAUAUACACUAUUGAAGUUUUUAAUAAAAUCAGAAGUGGGUCCUGUCACAAAUCCACUUGAAAUUCGGUAGACAUCGGAACAGUCCUCACAAAGAGUCCCCCAAGCAUGUGGCUGAUGCUGUUGAUAUAAGACAUCCUGAAUCUUUUUGAUGAAUUGAAAUGAAUCUGAAAUGCU